GUUGUACAGUCGGUGUGCGCCUGACACCAAACCGAGCGAACCCGUCCACACGGCCACGCCCAUUCAGCCAUCACGGCUACUAUAGCAACAACGACAGGCGAAGUUAACGCAGUGAACUCAGCUGUGAUCGGCCACGUUCCUCCCGUAACAAGCCUUAACAACCCGACUGAUUCCCGGGAUGUGCUCCGUCCUCGGCUGCGGCUCGUCGCGUCGCGGUGCGAGGCGCUUCAAGUUACCGGAGGAUCCAGAGAGGAGGCUGGAGUGGGUCCAGUUCCUCGCUGCAGCCAACAGGCAGCGUUUCAAAGAGUCGUCCUGCACCGACAUCACCAUUUGUAGCGAGCAUUUUAAAUAUGACUGUCUGGUGUAUGCUGCUCCCACAGGCUCCGUCCAGCUGGCGCCCGGUGCUGUCCCGUCCGUGUGUCUGCAGCCGAAGUCACUCAAACCUGCGGCGGACGCGGAGACAUGGGUGGAGCCUGAGAAAACCACAGAAGUUACUUCUCAGUAUAAUCAACUUACAAAAUGUACCUACCCUGAAAAAUCAAGACUGACUUCAAUAGGAGUCCUCGUCCCAAGAGGUGUCACAUGUCCAACGGGUACUUCAGAUACUCAGGAGCAACCAAAAGCCACACUUCCAAAGAUGAGGGAGAACUUCGCUGUGAAGAUCAGUGUCAGUGUCCCAGCAGCUGAAGGUCAACAACGUACAGAGGUCAUUCCAGAGGCCACAACAGAUGACUCGGGUGUCUCUGAGAUUGUUGCUGUCAUUGAUCAGGAGGAGAAUGAGGCCAUGAAUGAAACAGCGACAUCGAGUGAUCAGGGCGACGUGGAUUCAGAUGAGGACUGGAAAACAAAUGACGAGGAAACCGAAGAUGACGAUAUUGAGGAAAUUAUUAGUAAUGGUUUCAGCUCCAUAAACCAUAUGCUCUGCACAGAGUGCGGGAGGUUUUUCGGUAAUCGUUGGCCUCACACGUGCGAGCACAAAAGGAAGCCCUAUUCUUGCAAUAUUUGUGGCAAGAGAUGCGUCAGUGAGAAUGCCCUAAACAGACAUAACCGAGUCCAUAGUGAAAAAUAUGAACACCGGUGCAAAUACUGCCACAUCACGUUCAAAACGAAGGUGGACAAAAUCACUCACGAGCAGAUCCACGUAACUGAAGGAAAACCCUAUAAAUGUUCUGAAUGUUCAGAGAGGUUUGCCACGAAUAAGGAUCGCCAAAUCCACCUGGACACUCACAGAGACCCUGAGGAUUUAAAAUGUCACAUCUGUGGGAUUGAGUUCCUCUGGUCCCGCUCGGUUGAGAGACACUUAGCUGUGCACACAGGUCUAAAGCCGCACAAGUGCACCGAGUGCGAGCGCAGCUUCAGCCAGGCAAGUCACCUCAAAUCUCACAUGCGCCUGCACACGGGGGAGAGGCCUUUCAAGUGUCAGCAUUGCGGCAAGUGCUUUAAUCACAAUGUGAGCUUAAAGAGUCACAUCCAGCGUUAUCACACAUCAAGCUCUGGGUAUGACAAGAAUAAAGAAAAGAAAAAAGAAAGAGCAAGGGACAGUAGAGAUGCUCGGGGUAAACUGAAAAAAAGAGGUGAAGACUCGGAACGUGUCCAUGUAGAGGAAGAGCAGGAUACAGAAGAGGAAGAGCAGGUGAUAAUGUAUAGACCAAAAAAGAGAAGCACAGGCAGACCCAUUGGAAGACCUAAGAGCAAUGCAGCAGGUAAUUUAGUUGUGGCAAUUCAAUUGGAACGUCCGCGUUCAAACACCAAGGCUCGAAAUAUGCAGGCGAAGAAGUCCCAGAGAACACAAUGCAGCAAUGAGGAAAGUGAGAACGAGCCGACUGACAGCGACAUGAACACCAUGGAUUCAGCUGGGGAGGGAGGGAGGGAAGAAGAACAAGGUUGUAAAGAACACAGUAAAUAAUUCUGACGAUAACUCAGAUUUUGAGCCAGAAGGUCGAAGGAAAUAGAGGGACAGCAGCCAGAGGAGAGGUGACAAGACAGGGAAGCACAGGGGACGGUCAGAAAUGAAGGCAUGGUUGAUAUGAAGAGAAUAAAGAGUUGGGUUUCAACAGCUGUCAACAGAGAGAAUCAAUAUAAAGAGGGUGUGCAUAAAGAACUGAACUUAACUAAAAGAUUAUAAACUAUGACAGAUGAGUCAUGUUCACUUGCCUGUUCAGAGAAUCUGAUGCUUUCAAAACCUGUUUGAAUCUUAAUCACUGAUGUGUGUUCCAUUGAAUCUGACUGGAUAAAAGUAUAUUAACCUGGA